AUGCCGCAGUCCGCUGGUCACGAGGAGGCUGCCCUCCCCUCCUCCCCUCUCUCUGGAGGCGCUGUGGCCUACAACCAGAUCAACAAGGAAUUGCAGCCGCUUCCCCCGAUGGAAGCUCACAAUGGGGCCGUGAUCCCUCCCGCUUCGGCUCCCUACCGGGGCAGCAAUGGGAGGAUGGUCGCUGUCGAGCUUGAGGACGGCACCGUCUACCAGGGCUACAGCUUUGGUGCCGAGAAGAGUAUCGCCGGUGAAUUGGUCUUCCAAACCGGUAUGGUGGGAUACCCAGAGUCCAUCACGGAUCCCUCGUAUCGGGGCCAAAUCCUCGUCGUUACCUUCCCCCUCGUCGGUAACUAUGGUGUCCCCUCCCGGGAGACCAUGGAUGAGUUGUUGAAGACUCUUCCCAAGUACUUCGAGUCCACCCAGAUUCACAUCGCGGGUCUGGUCGUUGCUACUUACGCCGGAGAGGAAUACUCCCACUUCCUUGCUCAAUCCUCCCUUGGCCAGUGGCUGAAGGAGCAAGGUGUUCCUGCCGUCCAUGGUGUCGAUACCCGUGCUCUCACCAAGCGCAUCCGUCAAAAGGGUAGCAUGCUGGGUCGUCUGCUGCUCCAGAAGUCUGAGACUGUCAGCGACGCCACUGUUAUCCCCACGGAGAAGGACAGCUGGAAGCCUUUCUUUGAACAGAUCGAAUGGGUUGACCCCAACAAGAAGAACCUGGUCGCCGAAGUGUCGAUCAAGGAACCCAAGCUUUUCUCGCCUCCCGAGAAUGUCGCCCUCAAACACCCCUCCGGUCGCCCGGUGCGUGUCCUCUGCUUGGACGUGGGUCUGAAGUUCAACCAGCUGCGCUGUUUGCUUGCCCGUGGUGUUGAGGUUCUCGUCGUUCCCUGGGAUUAUGACUUCCCUACUCUUGCUGGAAAGGACUAUGACGGUCUGUUCGUCUCGAACGGUCCCGGUGACCCGGCUACUCUUGCCACCACCGUCAACAACCUCAGCAAGACCUUGAAGGAGGCCCGGACUCCCGUCUUCGGUAUUUGCUUGGGUCACCAGCUGAUCGCUCGCUCCGUCGGCGCCCAGACUCUGAAGAUGAAGUUCGGUAACCGUGGUCACAACAUUCCCUGCACUAGCAUGCUCAGCGGAAAGUGCCACAUCACUUCCCAGAACCACGGUUAUGCCGUGGACUCCAACAGCCUCCCCGAGGGAUGGGAGGAGCUCUUCGUUAACGCCAACGACGGUAGCAACGAGGGUAUCCGUCACGUCAGCCGGCCCUUCUUCAGUGUCCAGUUCCACCCUGAAAGCACUCCUGGUCCCAGAGAUACCGAAUACCUGUUCGACGUCUUCAUCAACAGCAUCAAGGACACCAUGGCUUCCUCGGAAGCUCUUCAGAAACCUGUCUCUUUCCCUGGUGGCGCCAAGGAGGAGAACAUCAGAAUCGCUCCUCGCGUUUCCGUGAAGAAGGUCCUGAUCUUGGGUAGUGGUGGUCUGAGCAUUGGCCAGGCUGGUGAGUUUGACUACUCCGGUAGUCAGGCCAUCAAGGCUUUGAAGGAGGAAGGCAUCUACACCGUCUUGAUCAACCCCAACAUUGCCACUAUCCAGACCUCCAAGGGUCUGGCUGACAAGGUCUACUUCCUCCCUGUGAACGCCGACUUUGUUCGCAAGGUGAUCAAGCACGAGCGCCCUGAUGCCAUCUACUGUACCUUCGGUGGCCAGACCGCUCUGCAGGUCGGUAUUCAGCUCAAGGAUGAGUUCGAGUCCCUCGGUGUCAAGGUCCUCGGUACCCCUAUUGAUACUAUCAUCACCACCGAAGAUCGUGAGCUGUUUGCUCGCAGCAUGGACUCCAUCAAUGAGAAGUGUGCCAAGUCCGCAUCUGCCUCCAACUUGGAAGAGGCCAUGGGAGUCGUUGAAAGCAUCGGCUUCCCCGUUAUCGUCCGUGCUGCCUAUGCCCUUGGAGGUCUUGGCAGUGGUUUCGCCGAUAACAUGGAUGAGCUGAGGGAGCUCUGCCUCAAGGCUUUCGCUGCCAGUCCUCAGGUGCUGAUUGAGCGCAGUAUGAAGGGAUGGAAGGAAAUCGAGUACGAAGUCGUCCGUGAUGCCAGGGACAACUGCAUCACUGUCUGUAACAUGGAGAACUUCGACCCUCUCGGUAUCCAUACCGGUGACUCUAUCGUUGUUGCUCCUUCCCAGACUCUUUCUGACGAAGACUACAACAUGCUGCGUACAACUGCCGUCAACGUCAUUCGCCACCUUGGUGUUGUCGGAGAGUGUAACAUUCAGUAUGCGCUGAACCCCUUCUCCAAGGAGUACUGCAUCAUCGAAGUCAAUGCUCGUUUGUCCAGAUCCUCUGCUCUUGCUUCCAAGGCCACUGGUUACCCUCUUGCCUUCAUCGCUGCCAAGCUUGGUCUGGGUAUCCCCUUGAACGAGAUCAAGAACUCGGUCACCAAGGUCACUUGCGCUUGCUUCGAGCCUUCCCUUGACUACUGUGUCGUGAAGAUUCCCCGUUGGGAUCUCAAGAAGUUCACCCGUGUCUCCACCCAGCUCGGUUCUUCCAUGAAGAGUGUUGGUGAGGUCAUGGCUAUCGGACGUACUUUCGAGGAAGCUAUUCAGAAGGCUAUCCGCUCCGUCGACUUCCACAACCUUGGAUUCAACGAGACCAAUGCCCUCAUGUCGAUCAAGGGCGAACUGCAGACUCCCUCUGACCAGCGUCUGUUUGCCAUUGCCAACGCCAUGGCUACUGGCUACAGCGUCGAUGAUAUCUGGAAGCUUACCCAGAUCGACAAGUGGUUCCUGAGCAGACUUAAGGGUCUUAGCGACUUCAGCAAGCUCAUGACCCAAUACAAUGCCACCAGUGUGCCCAGGCCCCUUGUCCGCCAGGCCAAGCAGCUUGGUUUCUCGGAUCGUCAGCUUGCCAAGUUCCUCAGCUCCAACGAGCUGGCUAUCAGACGUCUGCGUGUCGAGUCUGGUAUCAUCCCUAUCGUGAAGCAGAUUGAUACGGUUGCUGCUGAGUUCCCCUCGGUCACCAACUACUUGUACCUCACAUACAACGCCUCUGAGCACGAUGUCAACUUUGAGGACAAGGGUAUCAUGGUUCUCGGAUCUGGUGUUUACCGUAUUGGUUCAUCUGUCGAGUUCGAUUGGUGUUCCGUGCGGGCUAUCCGUACCCUUCGUGAACAGGGCCACAAGACGGUCAUGGUCAACUACAACCCGGAGACUGUCAGUACCGACUAUGAUGAGGCUGACCGGUUGUACUUCGAGAACAUCAACUUGGAGACCGUCCUUGACAUCUACCAGUUGGAGUCCUCCAGCGGUGUGAUUAUUUCCAUGGGUGGUCAGACUCCCAACAACAUUGCUCUGCCCCUGCACCGCUUGAACGUUCGCAUCCUUGGUACCUCUCCCGAGAUGAUCGAUGGUGCUGAGAACCGUUACAAGUUCUCCCGCAUGCUUGACCGUAUCGGAGUUGACCAGCCGGCUUGGAAGGAGCUUACUAGCACUGAGGAGGCUACCGAAUUCUGUAACAAGGUUGGCUACCCUGUGCUUGUCAGACCUUCUUACGUGCUUUCCGGAGCUGCCAUGAACACUGUCUACUCUGAGGACGACUUGGCCAGCUACCUCAACCAGGCUGCUGAGGUCUCCCGUGAGCACCCUGUGGUUAUUACCAAGUACAUUGAGAACGCCAAGGAGAUUGAGAUGGAUGCUGUGGCUCGCAACGGUGUCAUGGUUGGACACUUCAUCUCUGAACACGUUGAGAACGCCGGUGUCCACUCUGGUGAUGCCACCUUGAUCCUGCCCCCGCAGGACCUGGAUCCCGAGACCGUUCGCCGCAUUGAGGAGGCUACCCGGAAGAUCGGAAACGCUCUGAACGUCACUGGUCCUUACAACAUCCAGUUCAUCGCCAAGGACAACGAUAUCAAGGUCAUCGAGUGUAACGUCAGAGCUUCUCGCUCUUUCCCCUUCGUCUCGAAGGUUAUGGGCGUUGAUCUCAUUGAGAUGGCUACUAAGGCGAUGAUCGGCGCUCCCUUCGCUGAAUAUCCUCCUGUUUCCAUCCCUAAGGACUACGUCGGUGUGAAGGUGCCCCAGUUCUCCUUCUCUCGUCUCUCGGGUGCCGAUCCCGUCCUGGGUGUCGAGAUGGCCUCCACUGGAGAAGUCGCAUCUUUCGGUCGUGACAAGUACGAAGCCUACCUCAAGGCCUUGAUCUCCACCGGUUUCCGCCUUCCCAAGCGUAACGUGCUGUUCUCUAUCGGUUCCUACAAGGAGAAGAUGGAGAUGCUGCCCUCGAUCCGCAAGCUGCACCAGAUUGGGUUCAACCUCUUCGCCACCUCCGGUACUGCUGAUUUCCUGAAGGAGAACGGCGUCCCCGUCAAGUAUCUCGAGAUCCUUCCGGGAGAGGAGGAGGACAUUAAGUCCGAGUACUCGCUCACUCAGCACUUGGCCAACAACCUGAUUGACUUGUACAUCAACUUGCCGUCCAACAACCGGUUCAGACGUCCCGCCAACUACAUGAGUAAGGGUUACCGCACUCGUCGUAUGGCUGUUGACUACCAGACUCCUCUGGUCACCAACGUCAAGAACGCCAAGAUCCUCAUUGAGGCCAUUGCUCGCCACUUUGCUCUCAACGUGCAGACCAUUGACUACCAGACCAGCCACCGCACUAUCAUCCUGCCCGGCUUGAUCAAUGUCGCUGCUUUCGUGCCCAACCUGAUGGUUCCUGGCUCCCCUGACUUCCAGGCCAUGACCAAGGCAUCCAUUGCCGCUGGUUUCAGCAUGGUUCGCGUGAUGCCCGUUGGUGUUGACGCUUCGGUCACCGAUGCUCGUGCUCUGAAGAUUGCCCAGCAGAAUGCUGAGAAGUCCUCUUUCUGCGACUUCAACUUCUCUGUUGUGGCCACUGCUGACAACGCCGACCAGAUCGGACAAGUGACGGGAGACGUGGGCUCGCUCUUCAUCCCCUUCAACCACCUGUCUGGCAACAUCAGCAAGGUUGCUACGGUCACCAACCACUUCGGUAACUGGCCGUCCAGCAAGCCUAUCAUCACCGAUGCCAAGUCUACUGACCUGGCCUCCGUCUUGCUGUUGGCCAGCCUCCACAGCCGCAACAUUCACGUCAUGAGUGUGUCGUCCAAGGAGGACAUCAGUCUCAUUGCUCUCAGCAAGGAGAAGGGUCUUAAGGUGACUUGCGAUGUUUCCGUCUACAGUCUGUUCCUUACGAAGGAUGACUUCCCCGAGUGCAGCUCGCUGCCCUCGGUUGAGGACCAGAAGGCCUUGUGGGAGCACCUGAGCACCAUCGAUGUCUUCUCUGUCGGCAGCAUCCCUUACCAGGUUGCUGGUGAGAAGAGCUCUCCUGUCGCCGGUAUCGCCGAGACUCUGCCGCUCUUGUUCACUGCCGUCUCGGAGGGUCGCCUGACUGUUGAGGACAUUGUCGCUCGUCUCUACGAGAACCCCAAGAAGAUCUUCGAGCUUCACGACCAGGCCGACAGCUCCGUCGAGAUCGAGGUUGACCGGCCGUACCUGUUCCAGGCACCCCAGGGUGCUUGGUCUCCUUUCAACGGCAAGAACGUUAGAGGGUCUGUGCAGCGUGUUGUUUUCCAGGGUAAGACCUCUUGCCUUGACGGUGAAAUCAUCUCCGAUGCUUCCACUGGAACCGACAUGUCCACCCACCGGAUUGUGCCCGCCUCUCCUUCCGUGAAGGCCAUGUCCCCUAUGGUGCAUGCUCGCCCCGAGAGCUCUCUCGACCGCAGACUGUCCUUCUCUGGAACUCCUCUCCGCCCCGGCCGCAAGCUUGCUGAGCAGGCCCCUGCUGUCGGAGAGCUUGGACCUCCUCUGUACACCCCCGUUCCCCAGGUGUCUUCCUCUCUUCUUGAGAUGCUCUCUCGGUCCACCUUCAGACAGAAGCACGUGCUGUCCGUUAACCAGUUCACUCGGGCUGAUCUGCACCUGCUCUUCACUGUAGCCCAGGAGAUGCGCCUGGGAGUCCAGCGCCAGGGUGUGCUGGACAUCCUGAAGGGCCGUGUUCUGUGCACUCUCUUCUAUGAGCCUUCCACCCGGACUUCCGCUUCUUUCGAUGCUGCCAUGCAACGUCUGGGAGGCCGCACCAUUGCCAUCUCCACCGAGCACUCCUCGACCAAGAAGGGCGAGACCCUGCAGGAUACCGUCCGCACUCUCGGCUGCUACGGAGAUGCCGUUGUUCUGCGUCACCCCGAUCCCAGCAGCGCCGAGACCGCGGCCAAGUUCUCUCCUGUCCCCAUCCUCAACGGUGGCAACGGCAGCGUUGAGCACCCCACCCAGGCGUUCCUCGACCUCUUCACCAUCCGUGAGGAGCUCGGCACCGUUACCGGCCUGACCAUCACUUUCACUGGUGACCUGCGUUACGGCCGCACUGUGCACUCGCUGCUGAAGCUGCUCCAGUUCUACGAUGUUCGCGUGCAGCUGGUUGCGCCCAAGGAUCUUUCCCUGCCUGAGGAAGUCCGCCAGCAAGUCAUUGCCUCUGGCCAGCUUGUUGUGGAGUCUGAGGAGCUGACUCCUGAGAUCGUUGCCCGCUCCGAUGUUCUGUACUCUACCCGUGUGCAGAAGGAGCGCUUCAGCGAUCUGGCUCAGUACGAGCGUCUGAAGAACAGCUUCGUCAUUGACAACGCUCUUCUGAAGCACGCCAAGAGCCACAUGGUCGUGAUGCACCCUCUGCCCCGUAACGCGGAGAUCUCGGAGGAAGUUGACUUCGACCAGCGGGCGGCCUACUUCCGCCAGGUUAGUUUUUUCCCCGCCCCAUUGACUGAACAUGAUGCUGAUGUUGGAUUACAGAUGAGAUAUGGUCUCUACUGCCGUAUGGCUCUGCUUGCGUUGAUUCUGGCGCCUUAG